CGUACACAUACACGAUCGCACUACGAACAGGAAUCCGCAAAUCUAACAGCCCGGAUUGUACUACAAGGAUUGUACCUGGAUUGAAGAUAUGGCAGACAGCGAGGGAUAUGACUCCGACGCUACACAUUGCUCGGAUAUUGAAUGGCCCGACAAGGAGUUUGGACCACCCCUCGUCUCCUCGACUCCAAUCCACGACACUGAGUUCAGCGCUCUAUUUGAUGCCGAGACGUGCCCACCAGAAAACUCCGAGGACGUGAACUCUAGCGGGGACGGGGAAGUGUUCCGAUCCAGCUCAGAAGAGAGCUUGUUAUUGUUCGGGGGGGCCAGGGCAAGGAACGCACCUGCCAUGGAACCGGAGGAUUGGAAUACUAGCAGGGAUAUGUUCGAAUCCAGCUCAGAAUCCAGCUCAGAAGAGAGCUUGUUAUUGUUCGGGGGGGCCAGGGCAAGGAACGCACCUGCCAAGGAACCGGAUGACUGGGAUACUAGUAGGGACAUGUUCGAAUCCAGCUCAGAAUCCAGCUCAGAAGGGAGCGAAGAGAGCGUGGUCCUGCUAGGGAUACCAAGGGCAAUGAACGCACCUGCGAAAGAAAACACGGUGUCCGAGGACUUGAACACCAUCGAGAGCGCCGAUGGAAUCGUAGAAGAAACUCAAGCUGCACCGCUUGAUCUAAGAAUAAUUCAGGACUCACAGCCACCACAACACCCACUCCCUCAGAACCGAACCCCGGCCACACCAUCAGUUACAGGUACACAAGACACCCCUAUGGAUUUAAGAACCAUUAUCCCCGACACCCAGUAUGAUGACAACAGUAGAAAAUACACAGUAACACUUGCGUAAAUAUAUAGACAAAGCCGGUUAGACUGUC